ACCGCGGGAGAAGCAGGUGUUUGUGUGUGUGUGUGAGAGGGAGAGAGAGAGGGAGAGAGAGAUGCUGAUAUUAUUAGAGAUUCUCCAUGUUGUUUUUCUCUUCUUCUUCUUCUGAGGAAUACACACUGAAGCGGCGAUGAGCUCUCAGUCUCUACACGACUGUCUGAGGGGCCGGUGUCUGGGCGUCCUGCGCGUGGAGAUCAUCGGGCGUUUCCGCUAUUAUUUCCAGCACCCGUGGAGUCGUCUGCUGGUCUCGUAUCUGGUCACGUUCUUCAACUUCCUGAUCUUCGCAGAGGAUCCGAUUUCUCACAGCCAGACGGAGCGCACAUGCGCUGGUGGAAACUGCUUCAGCUUCAUCAUCAACAAAUACCCUGCAGGAUUCUGGAGCGUCCUGAAGGUGCUGCUGUGGGUGCUGGCCAUCAUCUGCGGACUCAUCGCAGGGAAAUUCAUCUUCCACAGACGACUGUUCGGUCGUAUGCUGCGUCUGAAGAUGUUUCGUGAGGAUCACGGCUCCUGGAUGACCAUGUUCUUCAGCACCAUCCUUUCGCUCUUCAUCUUCUCCCACAUCUACAACCUGCUUCUGCUCAUGAGCGUGCGCGUGCGGCCUUAUAUGGUGACGGAGUAUAUGGGCAUCAGGAACGAGAGCUUCAUGAAGAUGGCAGCGGUGGGCACCUGGAUGGGGGAUUUUGUGACGGCGUGGAUGGUAACAGACAUGAUGCUGCAGGACACUCAUUACCCAGACUGGGGCCGGACCGCGAGGCACCUGUGGAGGCAAGGUCACAACCGCAUCGUGCUCUUCUGGACGGUGCUCAUCUCUCUGACCUCAGUGGUGGUUCUGGUCAUCAGCACAGACUGGAUCCGCUGGGAUAAUCUGAACCGCGGGUUUCUGCCCAGUGAUGAGGUUUCCCGAGCGUUCCUGGCCUCCUUCGUCCUGGUGUUUGACCUGCUCAUCGUCAUGCAGGACUGGGAGUUUCCUCACUUCAUGGGCGAUCUAGACAUGAAUCUCCCGGGUAUGUCCACCACCCAGCUGAAGAUCCGACUGCCCGUCUGCAAGCGCAUCUUUAAAGAGGAGUAUCACAUUCACAUCACGGGGAAAUGGUUCAACUAUGGAAUCAUCUUCCUGGUACUUAUCCUGGACCUCAACAUGUGGAAGAACCAGAUCUUCUACAAACCCUAUGAAUACGGUCAGUACGUCGGUCCAGGAGAGAAGAUCUAUACUGUGGAGGACCCGGAUACGCUGCAGGACUUCAACCGUAGCAUGCUAACCUGGGAAUGGCGCUCCACCAAUAUAGACCCCCGCACCAAUCAAACAUACGUCCAGAGUGACAUGUUUCUCCACAGCCGCUACGUGGGCGCUAGUUUAGACGUGAAAUGCCUGGCGUUCAUCCCCAGUCUUGCGGCCUUCGUGCUCUUUGGGUUCUUUAUCUGGCUUUUUGGACGUUUUCAGGAUAGCGAAACGAUCCCUGAAAACCAAGAUAAGAGCUACGAGCGCAUCAAGCGAAAAUCGCCAUCUGAUCUGGGAGUCACGCCAGAGGAAGUCAACAUAAGCAUGAGCGAGGCUUUGAAGAGAAGUGGGACGCCGAUGCUGCUAUUGGUGGACACUCAUCAUUUUGGGUCAUCGAAUAACUCCAUGUCUCCGUGUUCAAACGAAACCCAGGAGACUCAACCCAGUGUAGCUAUAGACAGCGCUGGGCCCGAAGACAUGGCGGACGUCAAACAACUCACUCCAUAAUCUAAGCCAAAGGUCAAUGAGAUGCAACAAACCAAAGCUGUGGACAUAAAUCAGUGCACUGCGAAUUGAUUCUGAGAUUUUCCGAAUGCAUUGCAAUUCUGAGCUUUUACAGACAGAUGGCGCUGUGUGCUUCACAAACACAUGCCACUUGAACCUAAAAUAUUCAUUAAGAUUGUUAAGGAAGGUUUAAAGUCCAAACACAUGCACUACAGGUGAACUGAGUAAACAUAAUUGGCCGUAGUGUAUGAGUGUGUGUGUGUGCGUGUGUGAAUGAGAGAGUGUAUGGGCGUUUCCCAGUGGUGGGAUGCGGCUGGAAGGGCUGCAGUAAUUGGUGGUUCAUUCUGCUGUGGUGACCCAUGAUAAAUUGCAGACUAAGCUGAAGUAUAGUGUUUCUUGUGAGUUGUGUUUACAUUAAUGUUAUGGCAUAAAAGCUGAGGUACAUUUGACCAAUUACAGUACACGGAUCAGCCAACUGCACAAGUGCUCUUAAUCAGGAGCAUUUGAGUGUAGAGUUAAAAACUAUCCUACAGCUUCGUCUGCUCUUCAAAACUAACAUAAAGCAGCAUCUGCUGUUCAAAACUAGCCUAGAGCGACAUUUCCAAUUCAAACCUAGCCUAGAGCACCAUCUGCUGUUCAAAACCAGCGUAGAGUGCCAACUGCUAUUCAAAACUAACCUAGAGCGCCAUCUGCUGUUCAAAACCAGCGUAGAGUGCCAACUGCUAUUCAAAACUAACCUAGAGCGCCAUCUGCUGUUCAAAAAUAACCUAAAGUGAUGUCUGCUGUUUAAAGCUAGAAUAGAGCACCACUCUCUGUCAAAACUAGCCUAGAUCGCUGUCUGCUGUAAAAACUAUCCUAGAGUGUUCUUCGCUGUUAAAACUAGUCUAGAGUGACCUUGGCCAUUCAAAACUAGCCUAGAGCACCACUCGCUGUUCAAAACUAGACUAGAGGACCAUUCUAUGUCAAACCUAGCCUAGAUCGCUGUCUGCUGUUAAAACUAGCCUAGAGUGACCUCUGCUGUUCAAAACUAGCCUAGAGCGCCACUCACUGUCAAACUAGCCUAGAUCUCUGUCUGCUGUUAAAACUAGCCUAGAGUGCCCCUCACUGUUAAAACUAGUCUAGAGUGACCUUGGCUGUUCAAAAUUAGACUAGAGCCCUCUCUGCUGUUCAAAACUAGCCUAGAGCACCCUCUGCUGUUCAAAACUAGCCUAGAGCGCCACUCGCUGUUCAAAACUAGCCUAGAGCGCCACUCGCUGCUCAAAACUAGACUAGAGGACCAUUCUCUGUCAAACCUUGCCUAGAUCUCUGUCUGCUGUUAAAACUAGCCUAGAGUGACCUCUGCUGUUCUAAACUAGCCUAGAGCGCCACUCACUGUCAAACUAGCCUAGAUCUCUGUCUGCUGUUAAAACUAGCCUAGAGUGCCCCUCGCUGUUAAAACUAGUCUAGAGUGACCUUGGCUGUUCAAAACUAGCCUAGAGCGCCACUAGCUGUUCAAAAUUAGACUAGAGCCCUGUCUGCUGUUCAAAACUAGCCUAGAGCACCCUCUGCUGUUCAAAACUAGUCUAGAGUGCUGUCUGCUGGUCAAACAAUUAGCUAGAGUGCCAUUCACUGUUCAAAACUAGCCUAGAAUGUGGUCUGCUCCUGAAAAUGAACAUAAAGCGGCAUCUGCUGUUUAAAACUAGCUGUCUGCUGUUCAAAAAUAGCCUAGAGCACCACUUGGUGUUCAAAACUAGCCUAAAGCACCGUUUUCUGUUCAAAACUAGCCUAGAGCGCCACUCAUUGUUCCAAAACUAGCCUAAAGUGUCGUCUGCUGUAAAAACUAGCCUAGCACGCAGUCUGCUUUUAAUCACUACUCUAGAGUGACCCCUGCUGUUCAAAACAAGUCUAGAGCGCCACUCGCUAUUCAAAACUAGCCUAAAGCGCUGUCUGCUGUUCAAAACUAGCCUAGAGCGCUGUCUGCUGUUCAAAACUAGACUAGAGCCCUGUCUGGUGUUCUAAACUAGGCUAGUGCGCAGUCUGCUGUUAAACAAUACCCUAGAGCGACACCUGCUGUUCAAAACAAGUCUAGGGUGCUACUCGCUAUUCAAAACUAGCCUAGAGCGCUGUCUGCUGUACAAAACUAGCCUAGAGCCCUGUCUGGUGUUCUAAACUAGGCUAGUGCGCAGUCUGCUGUUAAACACUACCCUAGAGCAACACCUGCUGUUCAAAACUAGCCUAGAGCGCCAUCUGCUGUUCAGAAAUAAGCUCAGAAUCAAUUUCAGAGAGAAUUGCAGUGCAUUUUAAAAAUCAGAGAAUCAAAUUGCAUAGAUUUUAUCGCCACAGUCCUACAGAAAACCUCCAAAGUAUGUUGCUGAUUGACUUUUGAGGUUUACAGAAAACUAUCCAAAAGACAUCACAGACUCGUUCGUGAAAUUUCUAUUUUUAUAUCAAGCUUUUAAGCGAUCUUGCACAUGGCGCCGACUUUUUGAACUUUUCCACGUUCCUCAAAAAACGUCCUUCAAGGACGCUGGUCAAUGGUGCUGGACGUGUGAUUUUUUUUAUACUUCGUUUUUAAUGUAGAUACUCUUGUGCCUAUAUGUAUAAGACACUGCAGUGAACGCAUGGCAUGCAGUCAUGAAAAAUACUCGUAAUGAACACCUAAAGCUGUGCCUUCAUUAAAAAAACCUGCGCACGGGUCACAGAUCCAAAUCAAUUCACUAUCUGUAAGGCUAUUUAUUGUUUUAGGGGGUGUUUACGAAGUUAGGAUUUGUUUGUUGUAUGUAUGCGGAACGUCUUAAAAUAUCGCCGUUUUUGUAUGUUAUUGUCGUAUAAAUGUAUCCUUUACACCAAACUGCUGUGCAACUAAAUAUACGUUUACAUGCAUGUGUCGGAAUAUCUGAAUGAUAUGCACUUGUUACUUGUUUAUGCAUCUUUUUUUGCAUUUUCAGAUUCAACCAAAGCAAUGCCAUCUAAUCCCCGUGUUAUUUUGACCACUCUCUCCGGUGUUUUGUUUUCAUGUUCGUCCUGUAUGUUUUUCUGAUGUGCAGGUGAGCCUCUCUUGAAAGGUUGGGAUGGUAAAUAUGAGAUAUAUUUGACUCAAAGCCUGUUAUCAAUAAACGACCUUCUUUUGA